GGCUGCUGCUGCUCAACACAGCAGCGGCAGGAGUCCCUGCAGCAGCAGACGGCUUGCUGCCAUCGUGCUUGCGGUGGCCCUGCUGGCGGUCGUGGUAGUGGCUGCCGCGGUUCUCGUCCCAGUCUUCAUCUUGGGCCGUAAGAACCACUCACCAAGCCCAGCAGCGACUGCGCUCCCCGCCCAAUCGGGCGCCAAUACUGGUAACACGGGCUCUGCUGUGUACCCCUCAUCGUCGGCGGCAGCACCCAGCAGCCCCUCUGCUUCCACAGCACCGCCACCCACCCCAGCAGGGUUAGUGUCGCCACUGCAGGCUCCCUCCCCACCUCCAGCCACACCAGUAGUGUCGCCUCCACAGCUAGUAGUACCUCCAGCACCCCAAACUCCUGCACAGCCUUCCCAGACCCAAUCUCUCCCACCCUCGCCUUCUCCAAUGCCGCCACUGCCACACCCACCUCCACGCAUGCCGCCUCCAUCCACAACCCCGCUAAACUUGCAGCCAGCACCCUCACCCCCGCAACCUUUGCCGCCUCGACCGCGACCCGCGCCACAUCCGCCACCACGACCCUCACCCUCACCACCUUCACCCGAGCCACCGUGGCCUCUUCCCUCAACCCUGCAAGUCUGGACCCCGCCAUUUUCACCACCACAACCAAGGCCCCUGCCACCAUUCCCCUCAUCGCCUUUACCACCAACCCCUUUUUGGCUACCACCGUCCCCGCCUCCCUCAACUCUACCGUCCCCGCCCCCCUCGCCUCGGCCGUCCCCGCCCGCCUCGCCUCCACCGUCCCCGCCACCCUCGCCCAUGGCCCCCUCACCUCACCCAUUCCCGCCUCCACCGUCCCCGCCCCCCUCGCCUCCUCCGUCCCCGCCUCCCUCACCUCCACCG